UGCUGGUGUUUACAGUCUUGCUAUCUAUGUAGGCUAGCUAGUACGGACUUAAACGUCUUAAAGGUCUUAAACGGUCAUAAAGGUCUUAAACAGGGGGGUGAGACUGAGAUAAGGGAAACGGAUACAUGCAAAACUGCCAUCUCUACGUAUCCUACACGAACUAGAUAGUCUAGAAAGGAUUGGAAUCCAUCACAAUACACCUAUCGUAAUUAAUCGAAUCGCAAAGUGUUAGCCAAUGAGAGAAUCUUGAAACGUCUUAAAGGUCUUAAAGUCUUAAAUGUCUUAAAUGAGUGUUUUGCGCCGAAAGUGCAGGGAAGUGAUUGGCGAUUGAAGACGUUAGUCAUUUGCUUUGGUGUGUUUUUUAGUUGAACUUUUAAACAGCACAAAACAACACCUUGAAUAGUGAACCAUCAAGUAUCCACUCAUUAGCUUGGAGCACAACACUUUCUGUCUGCAGGAUCUAUCAUCAAGUGCAGAGAUGAAAAUGAAUGUUGACCUUAAGAGUGACUCUUCAGGUGGAAUAGGUGUUGACAUGUUCAACCACAGCAAUGAUGAGGAUGAUGAGGAUGAUGUUGAGGAGGAGGAGGAUGAGGAUGAGGAUGAGGAGGAGCAAGGCAAUGUUGACGAUGAUGAUGGUGACGAAGAUGAAGAUGAAGAUGAAGCUGAAAAUGGUGUCUAUAACAGUAAUGGAUGUAAUAAUUUGGAUGUAACACCUACGGAUCUGCAAAUUAAUCACAAUUCUUCGACACUUCAUAUGUCCAGGAUCCAUUGGCCACCUGGUUCAUGGCAAGAUGGUACCAGAAGGAGUGCCUUUCAACCUUACAGGCCCACCAUGGUACUAACAAAUUUACAACGUGGAAACAUUCCCACUGCAACAUCUGCGCCAGAGCAAACUGAUGUCAGCCUGCACCAUCGUGCUGGUCAAGGAGAGAUUACUGCACUUGAUAUUGAUCAAGAAUAUGAUGUUGAUGUCAAAGACAGCAAUGGUCUCACUGCACUUAUGUGGGCUAGUUCAUAUGGGCAGCUUCCUACAGUGCAACUUUUACUAAAACGGGGAGCUCAGCUAGAAUUUGAAGGCCAGGAAGGAGAGACACCACUUCUUUUGGCAGCAGCUGGUGGUCAUCAUGAAGUUGUGAGGCUGUUACUUACAGAAGGUGCUGCUGUAAACCAUGCAGAUGAGAUUGGUAAUACUGCACUUAUGUAUGCAGCUCAUGGUGAUCAUCCCCACUGUACCAAUGAAUUGCUUAUACGUGGAGCUGAUGUUACGAUGGUAAACCUCAAUGGUGACUCAGCAUUUGGCAUUGCUAUAAAAAGAGGAAGCAAACUAGCUCAAGCAGUGAUGGAAAACUACCUCCUUACCCUUCUGAGCUGACACUGCCAAUAAUAUGGUUUUUAAAAUUUUUUGACAUCUGCACUACUUCUGUGAGAAGAGUUGUAAAUAUGGAUUAUUACAAUUUUAACUUUUUAAAUUGUACUAUACAUAAUAUAAUAUACAUUAUGUGCUGUAAUAUAUAUGUAAUAUAUAUCUCAAAUGGCAAACUUGAUGUACCCAGUAUUCCUGUAGGUAAUUCUAUAAUUAAAAGUCAUAGCCAUCCUGAAA